ACAGCACUCGAUUCACAUCGAAAUAAUUGUUCGAAUCUCCAUGAUUUUUGUUAUCUCCUUUCCCAAGCCUAUAUUAUGGCCGCCUCACAACUGGAAACCGUCCUUCAUUAUACAUCUAACUAAACAGAGCCACCAUUUACAAAAGUUCGCACCCGAAUUUCGGUUAAGGACUGGAUAGCAGUAACACUAACAGUGGCUAGCUGCCUUGGGCCUGGUAACAUCCGUGUAGGCUCCGGUGAAUUCUGGCUACUGGCCGACACAUUUAAAAGGUCACAUCUGCCCAUGAAACAGCACUCACUUAGACCUCGAUACACAUCGAAAUGAUCGCUCGAAUCUUCACAAUUUCUGUCGCCUCCCUUCUCCUCUCCAAAGCCUGUGUUAUGGCCGCUGUUAUUACCGUUGCUAACACAACCUCAACCAAUUCGAUCGAUUGUGGUGAUGGCCAGCCUUUUUGCUGCACAGAGGAUCGGUCUCGACUGGGGAAUGUUAAUGAUGACGAGUGCCAAAGCUACUCAGAGAAUUGUUCAAGUGGUUACUUACCAUCUUGUUGCUACAUCGUGACCGACAUGAAGAACUAUUAUUACUGCGAGGAGGGUGGACAGUAGGGUUGUCCGACAUUUUGAAGCACGGUACCUGAAGGACAUUCGUCGGGUUGGAUUUUUGAACGGACUAUACCAUAG